GCUUGUGCGCAGCUCAGAAUCGAGGCAUCCAUAUCACGCCGGUCCGAAUUUCGUAUUGGAGUGAAUUUUGUGUGAAACUGUGAACUUCAUCAUGUACAAGGGCAACACCAAAGUUCAGAAGGUGAUGGUCCAACCCAUCAACCUCAUCUUCCGUUAUCUUCAGAACCGAGCGAAGAUACAAGUCUGGCUCUAUGAAAACACAAGCCUCCGCAUCGAAGGAUACAUUAUCGGUUUUGAUGAGUACAUGAACUUGGUUCUUGAUGAGGCUGAAGAAGUUUACGUUAAAACCGGUCACCGCAAAACGAUUGGACGUAUUCUACUCAAAGGGGAGAAUAUCACUCUGUUGAUGAACACACAGAACUGAAUUCCGAACCGCGGUUCGUGGUGUUCUGGUGACGAUGUACAUAAUCAUCUCCUGCUGGCAAUGGACCACAUGAUGUAAAUAAAUCAAGUCUCCUGCGCAGCGAACCUAA